CCGGCGUCAGUCCCGCGCCGGCCGUGCGUCCGACCAGUCAUGACGCCGAGUUGACGCGAUGUUACCGCUGCUGCUGCUGCCCGUCCUCCCGUCGGCGCUCGCGUCCUCGGCGGUCGAGGACAACACCACGGGCGUCUGCCAGGACGGGCUCCUUCUUCCUGUAUGGCUUCCACAGCACAACCUCACUGUAGGCGACCGCAUCGCUCGCGGGCUCGUCUACUUCGUAUCUCUACUCUAUCUUUUUCUCGGAGUUUCCAUAAUUUCCGACCGAUUCAUGUCGGCAAUCGAAGUGAUAACGUCGCAAGAGCGCGAGGUGACUGUCACCAAAAAGGGUGGUGUGGAACAGAAGAUCGUGGUUCGCGUGUGGAACGAGACCGUCGCAAAUCUGACACUCAUGGCCCUCGGGUCUUCUGCACCCGAAAUCCUCUUGUCGAUCAUCGAGAUUUACGCCAAAGGCUUCGAAGCUGGGGACCUCGGACCGGGCACCAUCGUGGGUUCCGCCGCCUACAACCUGUUCGUCAUCAUCGCUCUCUGUGUCAGCGUCAUUCCCGCCGGCGAAACUAGGAAGAUUAAGCAUCUCAACGUGUUUUUCGUUACUGCAACCUGGUCUGUGUUUGCUUAUGUAUGGCUUUACGUGAUUCUGGCAGUGACUAGUCCUGGAGUGGUAGAUGUCUGGGAGGGAAUUCUAACCUUCAGUUUCUUCCCGCUAACUGUACUCACAGCUUACAUUGCCGACCAGCGCAUCGCUCUGCACAAAAUACCGUUCAAGAAAUUUCGCCUCAAUAGAAACCGAGUGAUCGUGGCAGCGGAGAGCGCAGACAUUGAGAUGGAUAAAGAACCUGAGGUUGAACUUCUAGACGACACCCUGGAGCAGGCGAGAAGAGACUACGCUUUGGUCUUGAGAGAGCUUAGGAAGCAGCAUCCGCAGAAAUCCAUAUCUGAGCUGGAGGGACUUGCUAAGGAGCAGAUCGACAACAGUGGCCCUAAAUCUCGAGCUUACUACAGAGUGAUGGCGACCAGAAGCAUGACUGGUGGCAGCAUGGCGAGGCCACGGUCAGGUUCUAUCUCCGGUGGAAGAAGACCUUCUACCACAACUGACGACGUUACAAAGUUUUACUUCGACCCCGCCACUUACACCGUCCUUGAAAAUAUAGGAACAUUUGAAAUCACCGUUGUCAGAGAGGGUAGAGACGUCCCCCACCCAGUAAUCUUGGAGUAUCGAACGGAAGAUGGCACCGCGACAGCAGGAACCGAUUACGUGGGAGCCUCUGGAACCCUGGUCUUCAAGCCUGGGGAUACUCAGCAAACAAUUAAGCUGCAGAUCAUAGAUGACGAGCUGUUUGAGGAGGACGAGCAUUUCUUCGUUCACCUUACCGAUAUGAAAGUACAAGGCCAGGCGAGUCACCCCAUCAAGCUGGUGACACCAAAGGUGGCAAAGAUUCUGAUCUUAGAUGACGACCACGCCGGGGUGUUCGCGUUCCCAGAGGCAUGUAUCGAUGUGCCCGAGUCCGAGGGUCUUUACGAGUUACCGGUCGAGAGAAGCAGUGGUGCUCGAGGGAAGAUUAAACUGGCCUACCGCACUGAGGACGGAACUGCCAAGGCUGGCAAGGACUACGUGGAAACCCAUGGAUAUAUCGUUUUCGAGAACAACGAAGCAAGGAAGACCAUUCCGAUUGGUAUUGUGCCUGAACACUGCUACGAACGGAAUGUCUCACUGUUCGUAGAGCUGGGAGAGCCUGAGGAGGACCAGCCGAGUGAGACAUCUACCGAGAUGAGUCACCCGUACAGCGCUCUCGCGGCUAAUGCUGCGCACGCUUUCCUCUACGGCUCCUAUAGCAAUAUCACGUACAAUCUCGUGUCCAACAAUAUCCACCACAAGAGGGAGGAUGAGCUGACAGUUGAGGAGAAGGUAGCUUUGGAGGGACGACCACGGCUGGGACUGAUACCUCGGGUUCAGAUCAACAUCAGGGAGAGUGACGAGUUCAAGAAUACCGUAGACAAGCUGGUACAGAAGCGCGGGGCUUCGGCAGUAUCCGUGUCCACGUCGUCUUGGGGCGAGCAAUUUGCAGAAGCUAUUAGGGUCAAUUCAGAAGGCGGAGAAGGCGAGGAGGACGGCCCAGCAGAGGCACCAAGUUGUGGUGGAUAUGUACUUCACAUUCUUACUAUCUUCUGGAAAAUUCUAUUUGCAUUUGUUCCACCAGCAGAAUACUGCAAUGGUUGGCUCUGCUUCUGGUCCGCCAUAACAGUGAUAGGUAUGCUGACAGCAGUGAUCGGGGACGUGUCGUCUCACCUCGGCUGUUCGGUAGGGGUAAAGGAUACUGUCACUGCAAUAUGCCUUGUAGCUAUGGGUACCAGCUUGCCAGACACUUUUGCCAGCAAAGUUGCAGCCAUCCAGGAUGCCACAGCGGACAAUUCUGUCGGCAACGUGACUGGGAGUAACGCCGUCAAUGUCUUCCUGGGGAUCGGCGUAGCCUGGUCCAUCGCCGCAAUAUACCACUCGUGGCACGGCAACCAGUUCAUCGUUCCGCCGGGCAACCUGGGAUUCUCUGUAAUGGUGUUCUGCACAGAAGCACUAUUUGCCAUAUUCGUACUGCUCCUGAGGCGCAGCAACUAUGUGGGUGGAGAGCUCGGUGGGCCUGUAGGAAUCAAGUACCUUACCAGCGCGUUCAUGUUCGGCCUCUGGCUCAUCUACCUCACCCUCUCUACUCUUGAAGCAUACGGAGUUAUCGGAGUUUAAAGACAAAGACUUUUAUUAAUUUAAGCAUAGUUUUUUUAUAAAUAAUUAAAAUAUAAUGUUGAGAUUCCAUUUUUCGGAGAGUGAUAUAUGUACCUAUAGUUGAUUUAAGACACUUCCUAUUAUUACUUGUAAAGAGAGAUUAAACAUUGUUAAUUAAAUUUACUUUAUAA